GGAGACCCGAGCGUGGAGAGCGGAGUGGGGCGGGGACGGCGCAGACGGGUCGGGCCUCCGAAUGAACCCGGACGAUUUCUCUCGGUCUGCGCGACAGGCCGAGGGCCGGGCGCCGACCCGACAUGGCCCUGGUGCCCUAUGAGGAGAACGCGGGGACGGGGCUGCAGAAAUUCCACAAGCCGCUGGCCACCUUCUCCUUUGCCAACCGCGCGAUCCACAUCCGGCAGGACUGGAGGCAGCUGGGGGUCGCCGCGGUGGUCUGGGACGCGGCCGUCGUCCUUGCCACCUACCUGGAGACGGGCGCCGUGGAGCUGCAGGGCCGCUCUGCCGUGGAACUGGGUGCUGGCACCGGCCUGGUGGGCAUAGUGGCUGCACUGCUGGGUGCUCAUGUGACAAUCACGGACCGAAAAGUAGCCUUAGAGUUCCUCAAAUCAAAUGUUCAAGCCAACUUACCUCUUCCUAUUCAAGCCCGAGCCAUUGUUAAGGAGCUGACUUGGGGACAGAAUUUGGGGAGUUUCCCACCAGGAGAAUUUGACCUGAUACUGGGAGCUGAUAUCAUAUAUUUAGAAGAAACAUUCGCUGAUCUUCUUCAAACAUUGGAACAUCUCUGUAGCCAGCACUCUGUGAUUCUCUUAGCUUGCCGAAUCCGCUAUGAGCGUGAUAACAGCUUCUUAGCGAUGCUGGAGAGGCCGUUUACUGUGAGUAAGGUUCACUAUGAUCCUGAAAAAGAUGUCCAUAUUUACAAAGCCCAGAAGAGAACUCAGAGGGAAUACUUGUAGUCGGCUAUAAUUUGGAAGACAGUUGUUGAGGGACGUUGAAGUCUUGGACCCGAACUGAAUAGAAAAGUAGCAUCACCGCAGGUUCUCAAGAGACAAAGCACAUGAGGAGUUUGAAAACAAAGCAGCACUGUAUCUGAGUGCUGUGACCUUUUGGCUGUACUUCAUUCACUCAGAAAAUCAGCUAAUAAAGCAGGUGCAAGAUUUCUGUUCGUCUCAUUUCUGUGUGCCAUCCUGCUCCCUGCCAGCACAGAUUUCAUGAAAGAUGCAGUGACUGGUACGAGGGCAUCUGCAAAGCCUCGAACUUGUUUGGGUUGAGGCUUUAUGCGAGCAGCUUAAAACACACUGUGAGAGAGAUGGUGAGGUCAGUUUCCUCACUUUCUGACUUUCGAACAGUAGGUUGAACAUACAUUUUCUGGGCUGUUAGAAUACUUGCAAAUCU